CCCACUUUCUACAACACCAAUCUCUGUCGCGUCCGCACACCACACCUGGAAUACUGUCGCCGAUAGCUCUUCGACUCACCACUCCACGCACUACAAAAACACUCGAAACUACCCAAGAACCUUCAGAACAAGCAAGAUGGCCGCUACUACACGCGCGAGAACUGGCAACUCCAAGCCCCGUCUCGUUCAGCAAAUCGAAAACGCAGUCGCGCCCACAAAACGCAGCACCACCACCAAAGCCAACACGUCCAAGCCCCGCACCAGCAAAGUAGCCUCCGGCCGCGUCACCAAGCCCAAAGCUACCACGACCACCACUAAGAAGACGACUACGACUAAGCCCAAGGCCGCUGCUGCACCGAAGAAGACGACUGGACCCAACGUCAAGACGGUCAAGAAGCCGAGGACCAAGACGGAGAAGGUGGUUGAUAAGGUUGUGGGAAAGGCGGAGAAGGUUAUCGGUGAUGUGGAGGGAAAACCGGGGAAGAAGGCCGCAGGCACCGCUAAAGCACGAGGCACAGACUCGACUACCAAGCGCGCCGCACCGCGAACUCGGGGCGUAAAGGCCUAAGAAGAAGAAGUUCUUCGUGCGUUUUGCUGCGUAGAAGAUGCUCGGGGCAUAGAAAUCGGUUCCUCUGGCGUGCACCCGCUUUGCUUGCGUCACGAGAUGCUACCAUGUCGAGCACAAAGAGGACGGGGUGUAUUGGUAUCGUCUCUGUUUCGCUCCUUUCUUACGAGUCACGAUGAGCCUGUUUCUUUUUUUUUUUCGUUUAUUGUUGCUGUUGCUGUUCGGAAAGUGUAUGAUAAGAUACCCAGGCGUUUUGAUACGAUGUGUUGAUUAGACAAUAAGGAUUGGUACUAUUCAA